CCCGUUUGACUUCACGACAUCUGUUUGGAAUCUUCAAUGUUCGUCACUAAUUGGAUAAUUUUCAAAGUGUAAUUGUGCCUCUAUGACUCAGUACCUGGGCUCGCGCAUCGAUAACAAUCCAUUGCUUCACUUGCGACGGACGUUGUGCCUUCAUGGCUCAGUACCUGGGCUCGCGCAUCGACAACAAUCCAUUGCUUCACUUGCGACGGACGUUGUGCCUCUAUGGCUCAGUACCUGGGCUCGCGCAUCGACAACAAUCCAUUGCUUCACUUGCGACGGACGUUGUGCCUCUAUGGCUCAGUACCUGGGCUCGCGCAUCGACAACAUACCUGGGCUCGCAAGUCGACAACAUGCUAUGGAGAUCGGCGGAACCAUUUUGCUCCAUUGCCACUUGACUGUUCAUUCGCAAUUCUUACCAUACAUAUACAAAAUUAUCGAAAAGGCCGUUGUAAUAAUUUAA